AUGUCAGGCAGAGCCCCAGUGCAGGCGCCUAUAGGACAAGUUAACCCGAACUAUAACUUGGACAAUGAACGAUUAGAUUGCGAGCGCAUAGAUGAAAUAACAACAAUAUAUAGCUACAUUGAAAGACCCUCAUUUGUCACCGUGCUUUUGAGAUUCUUUGGCAAUAUGUUCGUCGACAUCUUUCGCGCAAUAUUCUACUGAAAGGAUUUGGUUCUGUAAAUGGUAUAGUGCUUACUGAGAUCUUGUGUGGCCCCCUUUUUAAAUAAAUCGUCUGUUCAAAAUAGUAA